UGUGUAUCAGUCGUUACAGAGUGUAGUGGAUUGGUUCAGAGGGGUGGUUGGAGUUCCUAUGGAAACAAAAUAUAACAGUGUUCUUUUUGGAGGUCUGAUAGGCUCUCUCUACUCUCUGCUACAAUUUCUGUCAUCACCCAUUACUGGGGCUCUUUCAGAUGAUUAUGGAAGAAAACCACUGCUGCUGUUAACAACCGUAGGUCUCAUGGCAUCCUACAUUCUGUGGGCUUUCUCUCACAGUUUUACCAUUUUUCUGCUGUCUCGAGUGGUUGGAGGAAUUUGUAAGGGUAAUGUCAGCCUGUGCACUGCUAUUGUGGCGGACCUGCCUUGCCCUAAAGCAAGAAACAAGGGAAUGGCAAUGAUUGGUGUCGCUUUCUCCUUGGGGUUCACACUGGGUCCAUUAAUGGGAGCAUACUUUGCUCUGAGACUCAACGACGCUGAGGUGUUUUAUCAAGGCCCUGCCUUGCUGGCUGUCCUUUUUUCUUUAGCAGACCUGCUUUUUAUUUUCUUCAUGCUGCCAGAGACUUUACAAAAGGUCAGCACGGGUGCAUCAGAGUCUUCAGGUAUUCAACACUCUGGAGAUCUUAUUUUCCCUGUUGCACUUUUCAAGUUCACUGCCCUCACAAGAACACAGAAUCCACCAUCUGAGCAAAAAAUGCUAAAUCUUAAGGCGCUUGGAUUGGUUUACUUCACAUAUCUGUUUCUCUUCUCUGGGUUGGAAUUCACCUUGAGCUUUCUGACACAUCAGCGCUUCCAAUUUUCCAGCAUGCAGCAGGGGAAGAUGUUCUUUUUCAUCGGCAUUACCAUGGCAGUGAUCCAGGGUGGAUAUGCCCGCAGGAUCAAACCAGGUCAUCAGAUCCAGACUGUUAGCGUGGCAAUUAUAUCACUUAUACCAGCAUUCUUGCUCAUUGGAAUAGCAUGGAAUUUGACACUGCUUUAUUCUGGCUUAUUUUUGUACUCGUUUGCUGCUGCUAUUGUUGUUCCAUGCCUUUCAACACAAGUGUCUGGACACGGCUCAGCCAGUCAGAAGGGGACAGUAAUGGGAAUCCUUCGGAGUCUUGGAGCUUUAGCUCGAGCACUGGGCCCUACUGUGGCUUCUUCAGUGUACUGGUUGGCUGGAGCAGAAUUAUGUUUUAUAAUCAGCUCAAUGUUCUUUAUAGUCCCUCUGAUUUUACUGAGCCGGCUGAGGAGACAGAAGGAGGAAUGAGAUAGAGAGUUUUAGGAUUCAGUCUUGUGUCAUAAGAGGGCCAGACCUCUUUUUCCUUAUUGAAAGGAUUAAAGUCCACUCAAGAAAGUUCCUCUUAAAGUGUUUACAGUGAAAAACAAUAAAAAGUACUUGUGCUUAUGGAAAUUUGUUUAUUUGUUUAAAGAGACGUUAAAUAGUAAGACAUGUCACAAAUGUAUUUUUUACAACACUUAAUUAACACAGAGGUCAACAGAUAUGCAUAUGUUUAUGCCUCUGUGUCAGUGAUACCGUUUUAUAAGAAUGACAUUAUAUGUUUGGCUAAUGUAGCUAUAUAUGCACUGGUAUAUAUAUAUAUAU